AUGGAAAAUCAUGAUCCAGAUAAGACUAUCAAGGAAAACUUAGCAACUCUUGAUAUUGUAACCAGAAAAAUUAACCAACUUCCAGAAGAAGAAAAGAAUCUACUUGAACAUGGAUCAACAUAUAUUGGACUUAAUGCUGCUCUCUGUGGGCUAAUAGCAAAUAGUCUUUUUCGACGCAUCUUAAACGUGACACAGGCUCGGAUAGCUGCCAGCUUACCAAUGGCAGUGCUUCCAUUUUUGACAGCACAUGUAACUUAUAAAGGUUUUGUAAGUUUACCUUUGAGUACAGGUAAUUUGAGCUGUGAAACUUGUACUGUAACACGGGGUGGAUUGGUUGGUCUUGUUUUUGGUGGUCUUUAUCCUGUUAUCUUGGCUAUACCUGUGAAUGGUGGCCUAGCAGCCAGGUAUGCGUCAGCGCUGCUACCAGAAAAAGGAAACAUCUUAACCUACUGGAUCAGAACUUCUAAACCUGUCUUUAGAAGGAUGCUAUUUCCCAUUUUGCUCCAGACUAUGUUUGCAGCAUACCUUGGGUCUAGACAAUAUAAACUACUCAUAAAAGCCCUUCAGUUACCUGAACCUGGCCUAGAAACUCCCUGA